UCGUGCAUCAAAACACGCGGUGUCGUGAAUCGUGCAGCAAUUUUUGUAGUUGAUUGUCCUUAUGCCAGUUACAAAUCGAAAAUAAAGUUUCAAUAUGAUUAAUGUGGAACCAGCUUUUCCCCGUGGGCAUAAAGGACCAACUCACGGUCGAACCAACCGUAUCACUAAACCGAAGGCUUCUGACAAGCAUUAUGGUGCUACAAUUCUACCAGAGGAAAAGGUUCGCCGGCUUCGCCCCGAACAGCGCCGCCAAUUGGUGAUGAAUGAAAAGAAAAUGGACGAAAGUGAGACGCAGCAAGCAUUAAAUGCAUCGCAUAUUGCGUUUAGCAGGUUUCCGAUUGGCAUACUAGCACUGGCCUGUGUAAAACGCAUCACUAAAACGGAUUUAGAGUUGACGUUGCCUGGGCGUAUUACGGGCUAUGUGCCCAUUUCUAAUAUAUCUGAUGCAUACUCCAAGAGACUGCAGGAAAUGAUCAACACUGGUUCCACCAAUUGUCCUUCAUUGAACGAUCUGUACAACUGUGGAGAUCUGGUGUACGCGAAGUUGCUGCACAAAAAUGCGCAAGGAGAGCGAAAGACAAUCCUUUCGCUUAAUCCAAGUGAAUUACAUAAGGAAUUUGCACCAUCGCAGCUCGUCGCUGGUCUGGUACUGGUGGCAACUAUCGUUAAGAAGGAGGAUCAUGGAUACUUUAUGAACGUCGGUGUUCGCAAUGUGCGCGCCUUUUUACCAAAUGAAAAUCUCGGCCAAAAUCAGGAUGAUGUGGGACGCAACCUUUUCUGCUCGAUAGAAUCGGCGACCAUGGUUGGUUCUGGAGCAACGGUAAUUUUGAAGGCGUUUGAUCCGAAUGCUCCCCGAGUAUUGAAUGUCGAGGAAGUAGAUAUGGACGUGAUAGUACCAGGGUGCAGACUAACAUUCACCGUCGGUGAACCGGUGGAAUUUGGUCUACGAGGAAUGCUGUUUGAGGAUAUGGUUCCCGCGUACGUGAAUGCAAACAUGCUCACCAAAGUAACGAGCACUCCGGAAAAGUACAGCAUGUUCAAGAAGAUACCAGCUACACUGUUGUACGUGAUGCCCAUUACGAAGCAAGUAUUUGUUUCCUUGAAACCGUACACGAACAAUCGGGUCGAAACGAAUGUGACCUAUAGUCCCGGUACCGUAAUUGACAAAGCUUACGUAAAAGCCGUUGAUGGUAGCGGAGUUUGGUUGCAGUUUGGGAAGAAGCAGCGCGGUCUACUUCCUAGAAAAGUAAUAAUGAAUCAAGCUGCUUCAUCGGGUAAUGUUGACGAGAGUGUAGUAAUGGGUAACUUUCAAAUCGGUACUACUCAUAAGGUGUUUGUGCUUCAUUAUGAUCCGCUUGAGAACACGUACAUAGUAAGUAAUGAGCACUACGAUCAUGAUGAAGUACGGACCCCGGACGAUAUCAUUAUCGGCAACAUGUACAAAUGUCGGGUACAUAAAAUUGUCAAAGGAGGAGCUCUCGUUACUGUUGGCCAUGUGAAAGGAUCAUUAAGUUACGGAUAUUAUGAUCAACAGACACCUCUUAAGCUCAACAAUACCCUUUUAGUAAGGGCAGUUCAACGUGAUUGUGGAACGCCGUUCAUCACAUUUACUAACCUUCCGGCAUUGCUGGACGAAAAGGCAAGCAUUUUAUAUGACUGGGAUCAACUAGAUGCCGCAAAGAAUGAUCAAAGCUUUCUCGGUAUGGUUACCAGAAUAACACCCGGGAUUGUUUUAGUAAGAUUUUUCAACAACAUUAGCGGGCUACUAGAUAAAACGCAACGCCAGAUGGAUGUUGCCAAAGUGGCUGAGCUUCGUGUAGAUACCGUUGAGAAAUUCACGGUGAUUGAGUUCGACAAAGCAACCCGAAAAACCUUUCUCACAAUACCGAACUCUGACGAAAAGAUUCAUUCGGCUAUCAUCGUUAACGCCACAAUUACCUGUGUGCAUGCCACCGGUGUGGAUGUGCGUACCGAGCAUGGCGAAACUGGCACCGUCCCAUCAGAAUGUUUCUCCGAGUUUGGUGAACAUAAUUCGCUUUACAUGAGACUACUCCAGGAAGGACAGACGCUUACCUUAGUUAAGACGAACCCCGGUACGUACAGCGUCCGAUUGAUACCAUAUUUCAAGACGCAUCCCAUGCAUGUCGAAUCGGUGGAAAGAGGAAUAGUGUUGAAGGGUAGCUGCAUCACCGUGAAUGGCGUACUGUAUGUAACUCCGCUGCUUAGCAAUUUAUCGGAACGAAUCGAGAUAAAGACGAAUGAAAAUUAUCGCAAAGUGGAGGACGGUUCCAUCGUCAUGAUGCGUGUGUUAAAUGUGAAAAAAUCCUCCGCCAAAGGAUACGAACUAGACGUGAGCACAGGGCUGCAUAAUGUAUGCGAAAAUGGAAUUAUGGACGUUUACAGUUUCAUAGACGAGUAUUUGAAGGACGUUAAUAAUUUGGUUCAAAGAUACAAAGAAGCAAAACACGCCUUUGCCAACUAUACAAUCGGUCAAGCCGUUGAAUGUGUAAUCGAGAAGAUCAUUCCAGCGUCCAACAAAUACGCUGUGAUGGUUCAUGCGAUCGAUAAGAAAUCGAAACACGCUGCAAUAGGCAUUGCCACCACUGUCGUACCGGAUCAGUCAGCCACAUCGUACAAGUUGGGCAAAAAGGUGCCCGGCCGUGUCGUGUGGAUCGAUGUGGAGCGAAAACUGGUACAUGUCUGUUUGGAUCAAUCGCUGUUCGAGCAUAUUGUGCCGUUGGAUAAGCAAUUGAAUGUACAAAUAUCAAAAGAGCUAAAGAGCUAUUGGGUAUUAUUUGCUAAUAAUUACGUACGAAUAUGUUGCCUUCAAUCUGGUCCACCAAACGCAUUGUUGAUUGUACCGGUGAAGCAUCAUUAUAAUGAUAUGAUAGACAGUGCAAAUAAUACCGACAAUUCGGUCGAAGUACGAUUGGUGAAGCAAUUGGGACAGAUGGUUCUAGCCACACAUGGAAAAAUGUUCCAAUCUUUUUAUAUGUGCCGUGCACAGGCACGUGCUAUGGUAGGUAACGGACAACCCCAACAAAUAGCACCUCGUAUUCUCUCAAAUCGCCCAUUGAUUCGUUGCCGUCAAACAACGGACACUUUUGAUGAAGCAUCCAUGCUUGAAGAGGAAGAAACGGAUGUCACCGACCAAUCGGAUUAUAAUAGCGACAGUGACACUCCGCAGGAAGAAAAGGAUUCAGGAAACUCGGACGAGGAUAGAAACGAAGAAGAAGCUGAUGCCAGCUAUGACAGCAUGGAUGAAGAUGAGGACGAAGAUUACGUCUACAAUCAUGAUAAGACGGAUGAUGAAUCGAGCCCCCCAACAAGAAAAACCAACGGCACGAACAACGUUAAUCAACAAAAGAAAGGUUUAACUUCAAAACUUUCUAGUAACGGAAGUAAUAAGUCCAAGCUGAAACGCAUGAUCGUUGCAGAUGUAAAGGAAAGUGCCCCACAGGAGCAUUUGCCAUUGAAAAAGAAGAAGAAAAUAUCACCUUGCAAGAAGACGAAAAAGACAAAAUCCGCAAAGAAAUCCAUACUUCUAAUCCAUAAGGCCGAAAAAUCUCUACUUUUAUUCGGCAGAGAAACGAUAUCGAAAAAGUCAACAUUUGUAAUCGACCAGCUGGAUGGAGAGAAUGAUUUCUACCUACCGCAGCUUGACGGUACGGAUAAUGACCAUAUCGUACCGCGCGAUAGUAAACUGGGAGCUAAAAAGCGAAAACGCAUUACGGGCGACAAAGGACUUCCAGGUGCGAUCAACUUUUGGGAUAGUACACCCGUCUACAAACGUUCCGUAUCCGAUUCGAGCGACAACGAGGCCGACAGCAGUGACAACGAGCAUUGUGACUCUGUUGGUAAAAAACGAACCACCGGCAAAGAACGGUUCGAGGCGAUGAAGCAGGAGGAAGAACGGUUACGAAAAAUAGAGGACGAGUUGGCCAACCCAUCGUCGGAUCCGCACACACCGGAUCAGUUCGAACGACUGGUAUUGGCACAGCCAAACAACAGCAUGCUUUGGAUUCGUUACAUGGCCUUUCAUAUGGAAUCGGCCGAACUGGACAAGUCACGAGCAGUCGGUCGAAAGGCUCUCAAAGCUAUCCACUUUCGAGAAGAAACUGAUCGUCUCAACAUUUGGAUGGCGCUGUUAAAUUUGGAAAUUCGAUACGAGACGGUAGACAGCUUCAAGGAUCUGUUGCAGGAAGCGGUCCAGUAUAAUGAUGCAUUUAAAGUGUACUCGCGCGCAAUUGAUAUUCUAAUCGACUGUCAGAAGCAUGCCGAGGUACAGGAGUUCCUAGAGCUGCUGCUGAAAAAGUUUCGCAAACAGAACGAUAUGUGGUUUCUGGUAGCCGACGCAUGGUACCGUAUUGGACAAGGGGGCAAAGUGAAGCCACUGCUUAGCCAAGCAUUAAAAUCAUUGCCAACAAGAGAGCAUAUUCCAAUGAUUGUAAAGUUUGCCUUUCUGCACAAUCGUAACGAGAACCGGGACGAAGCACAUCUGCUGUUCGAACAGAUUCUGACUUCCUAUCCGAAGCGUACCGACAUCUGGUCGCAGUACAUUGACAUGCUGGUGAAGGACAAUCUGGUGGGAAAUGCGCGGCAAAUUUUGGAGCGUGCGAUCAUGCAGCGGCUACCGAUGAAGAACAUGAAGACGCUUUACACCAAGUACGUAACCUUCGAGGAAAAGCAUGGAGAUCGCGAUAGUGUGCGGCGUGUGAAACAGAUGGCGGCCGAUUACGUGCAAGCUCAGCUGAACAAUGCUGGUAUAAAAUAGGUACCGGCAGAAUUUUAAAUUAAAAUUUUUUUUUGUUACAUUUGUUUUGUUUUUGGUUUUGUAUAUAACCGUAACUACCGUGAUACGUAAUUACUUGCGUAUUAAUAUGCUAAUACAGUUCCGAAAACAGUACAGUACAGGUUGCAAAAACGAUACCAGAAUAAAAUCCGAUGACGGCUCCAGAGUCAACUAGGGAAAUAACGAUAAAUACA